CGAUAUGGUAUCGCGAUAGCCGUAUCCAGUUCCGUACAACAAAACCGACAAAAUGGAAGAUUUGCUGUUGAAUAUAGUGAAGGAGGCUGGAAACGUCAAGUUGACCAAUUUGAAACAGAGAGCACAAGAAGCGCACGAUUUGCUAUCGGCACAAAAUAACCUGAUGAGGACAUCUUCACAUGAGCUAAGGAGCGUCUGUUUUCUACCAUUGAAGUUGGCUUUGGAAAGCAAGAAAAGCAAACUGGUUUCUCUAGCACUGACUGGAUUGAACAAAAUUGUCCGCGACGAGCGCUUCCAAACCGGGUCGGAGCCAGAGGACGACUCCCUAUGGCUGCCAGCCCAACUCCUCUUGGCCACCUCGUCGAUGCUGACCCAAUGCGAGGACACCCAAGUCCACAUCCUUCGGGUGGUGUUAGGACUCGCGUGCAGCGCCGGAUGGGCUUUGAACGGAAGGCUGGUCAUGCUGCUUUUGACCAGAUGCGGCGAAGCUUACGAAUCUGGCACGCAGCCCGUUAGAGCUGCCGCACAGGCUGCGGCCAGUCAAACUUUGACAGCGUUUUGCACAUUCUUGGACGAAGAGUGUCAAGAAAUCCUCCAGCAACAACAAAAGCACAAAAAUUCAGGAAGCAGUGCCGAAAUGGUAUACACUAAAACGUCAGCAGUAGCCUGUUUCAAUGAAGCGAUUCCUGUGAUGCAGUACAUCUGUAGCAAACUGGAAGAAACCAAAUCGUUGCCAAAAUCCUCCGACAUGACAGUAUUCCUGCUAGAAUGCCUUCUAACUUUGGUGAAUACGCUUCCCCACACUGUGCAUUCUAACAUCCACUUCACUACGUUUCUAUGGCAACGAUUCUGUCCAGCACUGCUGGCGUUUCUCGGCACGCCCGGAGAUACUUCCAGCCAAUCGCUGACCACCAAUCAAUCCAAGAUCGUUUAUAGUUUGAUUUUCAGCAUCGGAAUCCAAGUGGUACGACUGGUGGGUAGGGAAAGGGCCCUUCGGCCAGUACUAGAGGCGCUUUUCCAUCGAAUGUUGCUACUACCGAGUCCUCAAAAACGGUUAGAGCCUCUAAAAGCUGCUAGAGAGCUUCUGAGAUCACCAGGCAGACUCUCGGACCUGCUUUUACUCAGCGGACCAAUUCAUAGGCAUGCGGGAGACGAUAUGGCUAUAAUAAGACUGAUAAUGGACUCCAUUGAAGAAUCUUCCCAAUGCAGUGAUACAAGUGUCUUAUUAGCGAGUGUAGAAUGUGUAGGCGCACUACUAGGUUCUUUAGAAGCUUUGUGUAGAGGAGAAGGCUUAAACCAAGAAGCCGCUGACAUCGCCAAUUCCAGAUAUCCUACUUUGGAACAGGCUGAUUACACGGGACCUUUGACCUACCAGUCACUGGCCAGGCUACCAAAACCAUAUAGGGAUGUUGUGGCGAACCUAAAGUACCAAAGCGAUUCAGAUAGCAGCGGGAUAGAAGGAAACGUGCCAGAUGUUGAAGGUGGUACCGAGUCAGACUGUUCAGGAGCCACCGAAGGGCCAGAGGAUGGUACUUUAUCAGACGACAGUAUUAUGGAUGACGAUAGUUUCUUAACGAAUCAGCAGCUGCAGAAAUUGUAUAAGCUACCAAAGUCUCUUAACGUGGGUCGAACUGGAGUAGAAGAAUGCAACACUGACGUCGAAAGGCACAACGCGCGACAUUUCGUAAAAACACUGCAGCAUAUUCUGUUGCCAAAUUUGAUGACAUUGAGGUCUUCUAUUCAGGUAGAUGAAGUAUUACAAGAAUUUUCUUCUAAAUGUUGUCAGCAUAUUUCUGCUCAGAGCUACGAAAUAUCCACAAUUAUGAAUGCUGACGGAAUAUAUUUAGCAACAUAUUCAGCUCUACUGUUGGACUUGAAGUUGAUUCAAUCUGGACAUUACGAAAACAACAAGAUUCCAGUACCGAUCACAGAAGCCCAAUUCGUAGAAGAGAUUCACGGAAGUGGAGUAUUAGUUUACGUUUCGGCAACCUGGUUGUGUGAACUCUACCAAAACGUUAUAGCCAAAUCAUUACUGCUUUCAGCUGGAUACGAACCAAAAAAUUCGCACCAACCAGCAUUGAUCAGCUUAUUAACAGACGUGGGAGGUCUCUGUCCCUCCCAACUGCUCUCCGACUGGCAGAAACUGCAGAAAGUUCACUCGGGCACUCCUGAGAGUUGCCCCGAGGUAGAAGCGGGCGUCAAACUAUCAAGAAGGGUGCUUACCUGCUGCUGGACCUCCGUAGUUUCGGUCCUGGGCACUCCGUUAGGGGAUAAACCCCAUCUUGCGGGCACUUCGGCACUCAGCAGGCUUGUGGCAAGAAGGGCUAGACAAAAGCACAGGCAGAAGCUGAGGGACGACGUCAUCACUGCUAGUCUGGAAGGGUUGCAUAAGGCUGCAAGUUUGAGCAACACUCUGAGACUUCAGGCAAGAAGCAGCAGUAUUCUGGCACUUCUAUCUGCCUCAUCUUGCAAAAACAAGGGAACCGAGUUACUUGCCUCGCAUGCCUUAUCUUUGGACGUACUGCUUUCCAAAGGUUUGGAGUUAGGUUGUCACUGUUCAGCGUGCUGGCCGCACGUUUUCAGCGCCUGUGUGUCAGUAGCAACUUUAGAGCAUUGCCUUUUCAGCAAAUCAGGUUCUACUCAACUUCUGAUGGUAGCUCAGAAUACGCAGAACAAUAUUGUCACGAGUACGACGAGAUCUGAUUCUCAAGAAAAACUGCAUAUUAGUUUCAAUAUUGCUAACGAUGAAGAGACCUGUAUCGACGUAUACAGUUCGAUUCACAAUAAUUCGAACGCGGACCAGAAUUUCGCAAGUGACACUAGCAUCACAGAGAUAAUCGAAAAAAGUGGAGCGAAUAAUGCUCAAGGUCAAGGCAUCUUAAAGGGAGUUUACGCAGCAAAAGUUUGUUGCGUGUUGUCUCAAAAGUCGGAUGAACUGUUUCAUUCAGCCGCUUUGAGGUUGUCCUUGCCUGGACUGUGCAGUUUCAUGUCUGAGCUUUGCAAGGCUUCGCAUACACAGUUGUUCACGAGAUAUGAAGAAUCGCCGAGGCAACAGAAAAAAUGGUGGAAACGAGAAUUAGAAACCCAACAGAAACCCCCGCCUACUCUGUUGCUCCACAGAAUAGGUGAAGUAACUUUGAAGUGUAUAAAAUCAGGAAGGCCACUGAUCCAUAUUAUGAAAGUGUGGUCUAUAGUCGGACCCCAUUUUAUGCAGGCUGCUUGUCACAAAGAUAGGACUAUAUCAAAGAAGGCUGUGACAUGUAUCCACGAUGCCGUGACCGCUUUGCUGAACGAGCAGGCGGAGUUGCCACAUUUCCACUUCAACGAAGCUUUAAUAAAACCGUUCGAGAAUCUGCUGUGCUUAGAACUGUGUGAUAUGGACGUACAGGACCAGAUCGUCGCCUGCCUUUGCGAAUUCGUAGAGGCGAACAGAACCGAAAUCUGCUCGGGUUGGAGACCCCUGUUCGGAACCCUGCGCGUAGCAAACGCCAAAAACAAUGCCUCCGCCAUCUUGGACGUCUUCAAGAUAUUCCUUUCCAAUGACAAUACCUUGGUCUUUUCCAAUGCGGCUCUCGACUACAUUUUGUGCUUGUUAUCGCACAUCAAGAACUCUAACUUCGAAGACCAACCGACAACCGAUAACGCUCAAACCACUAUUGCUAACGAUAAAAAAUCUGUAGGGUUCUUGGAUAAAGACAACGAGUUUCCGACGAAAAUUGCACUUGGACCCGUAGAUUUAUGUAUAGAAUCGCUGAAGCUGCUACAGAGCUGCGCAGCGAUAUUGUCGAUGAUGCACAACAUGCCCAAAUGUCCCAGCUUCAAUCUUACCCAUAGAAUGACUAUAGAUACGAAUCCACAACUUGUAGAUCCGGUUAUACAAAACACUGAAAUCGUCAGCUUUAACCAAACCGCGCUGGAUCAGCUUAGCUACGAAAUCUUGUCAAUCCAACCCGACUUUGAUCAUUGCGAAAAGGAAAAAUUGACAUUGAGUUAUAUGGAUAAGCAAAGCAAUGUCCUCAAGAUAUACUAUAUCCUUUUAGAAGGUCUGGCUUCGGCAGCCAUGCUCUCAGCAACUAAAAACCAACCUUACGUCGUCGAAACGCUGUUCAAACUCUUACGAGAUCUGAUUGUAAGUCCUGGCGUCAACUUUGGACUCUACUGCAUCAACCACAUUCUGCUUCCGAUGGUCCAAAACUGGUUGAGACAAAACGUUAAGGUUCAAAAACCUGGCGAGGUCUGGCAAAAUUUCAAACACUGUUGCGGCCUAGCCAGCGAACUAGUUGUAGAUUUCAUCUUCCACCUUCAAGAAAACGACAAAACCGAACACCCAGGUGUUACUUUGGCUUUAAAGCAAUCUUUGCUCAUCUUGAUCGAAUGUGUCGCUCAACCUUCAGAAAACAUAGCACGUCUUGGGACAUCUUGCAUCCGCCAUAUCAUCCUAAGCGCCGGGAAGAUCCUAACAUGCAACCAGUGGGAAAUUUUGGUUGUAGCUUUACACAGAGCUUGCUCUAUCAGUUUGAGCCCAUUGUAUCAGCUCUCUUUGGCUUUCAAAGAGAAUUCUGACAGUUUCUACGGCGACUUAGCUACGGUUAAAGUCGCCGCUAGAAGAGACAGCACAGUUUCUGAUAACGAAAGGUUAUACGACCUGGCUCAACAGGUGUUUUUGAUGCAAUCCCAGAGACACUGCAGCAAAUGUCCCGGUAAGACUUGCGAAUGCGAAGUAAGCAAGGGAGUGGUUAUAGAUGAUAGAAGCUAUGUGUUUCUUCUUUAUCCAUUUGAUAGUAACUCUAUGCUGAAUCCGGAUCUCUAUACUAUCAGAGUACCUUUCCGGAAUUUUGUAGUUGGUAUACUGGCCCACCAGAUGCUGAUCCAGACCAUUUCGAGUGCGCUUUUGCAGAAUUUGAACCAUAUAACUCCCAUUUUGAAUAUCUUGCAAAUAAAUUCGUGUAGUUUGAGGGGUAUCUUGACGAAAGUUAACGCCAAACAUGUUGAUAUUUUACUGAAGUGCUUGGAAAUUUCGAAUGUACGGUCUAAAGAGUUCGACGUCAGACCUGGUUUGAAAUUCCUGACGCAGAAAGUUGGGAAUUUAAACAAAGCUGCAAAUUUGUAUACUCAGGCUAACACAUCAGAGGUAGUUCAGAUAAUAGUGUUGAUAGAACUGUGUUUAGACGGUAUCGGAAAGUACUCAAUCGAUCCCAAGACCUUGAAGGAAAUCUUGGCUCGCGAAGAAAAGACGAAAUGCUCUACAGAUUCCGACUACGUAGAAAACUUUUUGAAAAAGUUGAAGACGAAAUGGGAAUGCCUUUGCGAGUCAUACAUCCACUUAACUCUAGUGAUACCGCCAGUUGAAGAAAGCGACGAUGAAGCAGCUAGUUGCGAGACAUACUCCAACAAGCCCUUCAAACUUUCUGAUUUUAAACAAGAGGUUGAGGAUAACGAUAAUUUGAGUUUAAGCACUGACUCUGAGAGUUACUUAGAGAAAGACAUUUUGCCUAACUUGAGCAGCGAGGAACUUGUUGAGAACGUAGAAAGAAAAGGGAAACUCCAACAGAGUCAAAGUUUGGAUGAGCAGAGAAAGACAAGCAGGCAUGAUAAUAAUUGUAAUACCACCGACGAUGAGACGAAUGAGCUAGCCGGUAAAUACAAGAAUAAAGUGAUAUACGAAAAGUACAAGUUCGAACUGAAUUCGAUCAAGUACGACAAAAAUACGUUGUUGCAAAUGAGGAAGUCGACAAUUUCAAGUGAUAACAUAAUGAUCAGUUGCGAGAGGGGCGGGGAUUUGUUAAAGUCCAAGAGCUGUCAGCUGUGGAUCAAGGAGGAUAGUAGGGUAGAUGAGAGUGCCAAGAAGUCGCCGAAUACGAGGGUGAACCCCUUUAUGCAGAACAAUAUUCCUAUGCCACAACCUGUGCCGACUGAGAUUCAACAGCAAAGGUCAAUGAGUAUAUUUAAGGACUCGGAAGCAUACAAAACAGCCCGGAUUGAAACAAUGGAAGCUUGUCUGGAGCUGUUGAGCAGCCUUUCUUCAGAAAAACUGUCGCCUUUAGCGACAAUCUUAAAGCAAGGAGCAGUGCUGCUUGUCGGGGCCCAAGACGAAAAAAUCAAGAAAGCUGCAGAAGGACUUUUGCAAAGGAUGAACAUUUCUUAUAUCGAUCACGAUAAUUACUAAAUUCGCUUUUGAUGUUUUUGCUGUGUAAAUUGUAAGUUUCCAGGGUACAAGUGGUGAGCAAACGACUAUAAAAAAUCACCUUGAGACUCUCGACUAUUGAUAAUUGAGAUUUGAUGGUGACUUACUCAAGAAUUGUACCAAACCUUUUGUUUCAACCGCUUACUUUGGUUAUGCAUUAAAAACGCAUUAUAAUAUGCGGAAAAACUAUACUAAAAGACAGCGAAGAAUUGUCUAACGUACAGGGUGCUGCAUCUGUUGAAUUUAAUUAUACAUGGUGAUCAUCAUAUACAGGGUGUUCAAAAAAGAUUUGUCAAAAACUAUUUGACCUCCUUUUACCCUCUGCCGCCCCAGAGUCAUCCCCUUAAACAUUUUAAAUUACAAAGGGGUAUCGAUUAUUAGCUUGUUUGAAAGAUCUGUCUAAGUCCUUUAUUUUGACGGAUAGAAAACAGAACACGAAGAUAUCACUUUUUAUUUCAGUACGUGUUCAAAAUGCUGCGCGUUAUUGACCAAACAAUGACAUAGGCGAUGCUCAAAUUUCUGACGGACAUCUUCAAAAACACGUUGUGGGAUAUCAUGGCAGCUUUCGUUGAUGUAUUCGCGAAGUUUAUCUUAAGGUUGGGGAGUAAACACAAUAGAUUUCAAAUGGCCCCAUAGAAAAAAG